GAUACAGCAAACUGCCGCCAUUCCCGCGGGUCGGAGCUCCGCCGGUUAAAGUUCGAGCUUUUAGUCGGUGUUUCCCGGUUUUAACGGGCCUCCCGGUGGUUUUCAGCAGGAUGGAGAUCGUCCAUGUUUACACGAAGCUCCGCGGUGAGUUCGGGCGGCAGUGUCUCCUCUCUGACCGGCCCGCCGAGCUGCUGGUGGACGUCCCUCCGGACCCGAGCCUGGCUCUUCAGUUCCUCCAGAAAACCCUCCGGGACCAGGCGGUGCAGGCCUGCCGGGACAUGUCCGAGCACCAGGUGAACACGGAGCGCUUUGAGUCUGAGAGCUGUGGGAUCAACCACGUGGAGGGGGGGUGGCCCAAAGACGUGAACCCCGAGGAGAUGGAACAGACCAUCCGCUUCAGGAAGAAGGUGGAGAAGGACGAGGGCUACAUCAACAGCAUCCUGCAGCUGGGCAGCGUCAUGGAGCACUGCAUCAGACAGAACAAUGCUGUGGACAUCUACCAGGAGUACUUUGAGGACGAGGAGGAGGUGGAGGAAAAUCAGGAGCCGCCGUCCGCCAAGACCAUCAACGUCUUCAGAGAUCCUAAUGAGGUGAAGCGUACUGUCACCGGGCUGUCGUGGCAUCCAGACGGUGGCAGGAAGCUGGCGGCUGCCUACUCCUGCCUCGAGUUCCAGAAAACCUCCAAAGACAUGAGCCUGGACUCCUACAUCUGGGACAUCGAGAACCCCAACAGACCUGAGAUGACUCUGAAGCCGGCCUCCUCGCUCGUCUGUCUGGAAUACAACCCCAAAGACUCCCACACUCUGGUGGGAGGCAGCUACAACGGACAGAUUGCGUACUGGGACACCCGGAGAGGCAGCCAGCCAGUGGAGGUGUCCUCUGUGGAGCAGAGUCACCGAGACCCGGUCUACAAGAUCAUCUGGCUGCAGUCCAAGACCGGGACAGACGUCUUCUCUGCCUCCACUGACGGACAGGUUCUGUGGUGGGACGUCCGAAAGUUGAGCGAGCCCACAGAGCGCCUGGUUCUGGACCCGAGCAGAGAGGGGAACCUGGACCGAGCUUUAGGAGCCAUCUCCCUGGAGUUUGAGUCCACCAUGCCGACUAAGUUCAUGGUGGGGACGGAGCAGGGCGUGGUCGUCUCCUGCAACAGGAAGGCAAAGACGCCGGCAGAGAAGAUCGUCUGUACGUACGACGGUCACCACGGACCUGUCUACGCCCUGCAGAGGAACCCCUUCUUCCCCAAAAACUUCCUCACCGUGGGGGAUUGGACGGCUCGCAUCUGGUCUGAGGACAUCAAGGAGUCUUCCAUCAUGUGGACCAAAUACCAGAUGUCGUAUCUGAUGGACGCCUGCUGGAGUCCCGUCAGACCCUCCGUCUUCUUCACCGUAAAGAUGGACGGCGUGCUGGACGUCUGGGACAUCUUGUUCAAACAGAACGACCCCACGCUGAGUCUCAAGGUGUGUGACGAGGCCCUGUACAGCCUCCGGGUUCAGGAUAACGGGCGUUUGGUGGCGUGCGGCUCUCAGCAGGGCGGAGCCACGUUGCUGGAGAUCUGCUCCGGACUGUCGACCCUCCAGAAGAACGAGAAGAGCCUCCUGGCCGCUAUGUUCGAGCGCGAGACGAAGCGAGAGAAGAUCCUAGAGGCCCGGCAGAGAGAGAUCCGUCUGAAGGAGAGGAGCCGGUCCGAGCAGAGCAGAGAGGACGACGGGGGACGGGAGGACGGUGAGGACAGUCCUGAUCAGCUGAUUGCCAGAGCUGAGAAAGACUUCUUCAGCGUGGUGGAGUCGGAGCUGAGGAGGAGGAGCGAGAGGGAGGACCACGUCAACCAGGAGAAAGACAUCUGUGAAGAAAAAGAAGUGGAAGACGAAGCAGAAACUUCACCGUGAACAUGUUAAUAUUUAUUCUGUACUUGUGUUUGUUCUGUCACACACUCAGUUUUAUUAAUAAAGAGAGUUUCUGUAAAGCA